UUGCAGGACUGACGCUUUCCCUCUCCUCUGUGCCUUACCCGCAAAGAUGGGCCGCAGGAAGUCAAAGCGGAAGCCCCCACCCAAGAAGAAGAUGACAGGCACCCUGGAGACGCAGUUCACCUGCCCCUUCUGUAACCACGAGAAGUCCUGUGAUGUCAAAAUGGACCGGGCUCGGAACACUGGCGUAAUAUCAUGUACUGUGUGUCUGGAAGAAUUUCAGACUCCCAUAACGUAUCUUUCCGAACCGGUGGACGUGUACAGUGAUUGGAUAGACGCUUGCGAGGCGGCCAACCAGUAGCAGCAACUGGGCAGGGAGCUCAUUUGUGCUAAUUCUGGAUAUUACAGUAUUUUGUAUGUGGAAAAAAAUGUGCUAGUUCCGUACCAUGAGACAAUCGGGGGCUUUGGAGAAGGUGGCUGGGUUUUUUAUUAGCUUUUCCAUCCAAGGAUCUUUUUAUAGCUGUUGUUCCUUGUUGUGAAUUACCCUGAGGCCAAUUUAGCCCCAUGCACUUUUCAUCAGUGUAACACUGUUAAGGGACAAUUUGGAAAUGCUGCUCUAGUUAAGGGGUGGGGAGGAGGAGAGGAGCAUUUUGUUUUGCUCAGCCCAGCAGUUUGAAAGUUCACAAGAUAAGAAACGACUUGUCACCAUGAUUAACUGACAACAGUUAAUAAAAAGUCCGUUGCUAAUCCUA